UGACUGACAAACCACCACCAACAUGGCACCCACGGCGGACUUUAUCGAGUGGUUCACCCACGCAGGGGGAUACAUCAGCCCCUCGGCCGAGCUGCGCGAGGAAACGCACGGGCUCGGACUGUUCGCGACGAAGGCCAUCGCGCCUGACGCGCGCCUCAUCUCCACGCCGUUCAAGCUGGCCAUCACGCCCGCGCUAGCGAGUGCCUCGAUAGAGGCUGUGACUGGCGUCGCUGGCGCUUCGCUCACCUGGCCCGAAGGUAGCGAGCACGCCGGCGAGAAGUGGAACGAGCGCAUGCUCGCGGCUGCUUAUAUCGGCCUGCACUGGGUCUACGCCGACAAGGGCGGCGAGGCACCGGCAGCCCUCGCGCACUACCCCUACAUCCGCGCGCUGCCCCCCGCCGCCGACCUCACCACCCCGCUCUUCUUCUCGGCCGAAGAGCGCCAGCUGCUGGCGGGCACGAACCUCGCUGGCGCGGUCGCGGACCGCGAGCGCGAGUGGGGCACUGAGAGCGCUGUGUUGCGCGCCGUACUCAAGGAGGAUGGCUUGACCUGGGAACGAUACCUCGCCGUCGCGACCUACCUCUCCUCGCGCGCCUUCCCGAGCCACCUCCUCACCCUCCCUGACGGCCAAGCGCAGGCGCCGUCCACUGACGCCGAGUCAUACCCCGUCCUCCUGCCCGGCCUCGACCUCCUGAACCACACCCGCGGCCAGCCAAUCCUCUGGCUCUCGUCUCGCAUUGCUGGCCCCGGCCCCGACGGGACACCGAUCGAGGCCAUUUCCUUCGUCGCUCCUGCAGCCAUUGAGACCGGCGCCGAGAUCUUCAACAACUACGGCGCCAAGUCGAACGAGGCGCUGUUGCUGGGUUACGGCUUUGUGCUGGAUGCCAACCCCGACGACACGGUCGUGCUGCGUCUCGGCACGGGCGCGCUGCCGCCUGACGCCAAGGCGCGCCUAGAUGCCAAGGGCCUAGACGCGGUUGAGCGCUUCGCUGUCGGACGGGACGGCGAGCUGCCAAAGCAGCUACUUGAGGUGGUCCGUGCCAUGCUGGGCGAGGACGAGCACGAGCACGACCACAGCGAUGACGAGGACGACGAGCACGCGUGCUACGAGGCGGAAGAAAAAGGGCUCAACCUCGAGCUCGACGUGCUCGGCAUGCUGGGGCAGAUGAUCGAGGACAAGCUGGCCAAGCUCAAGGCGGGCGGAGUGCCUGGAGCAGACGCCAAGGUCCGCCCAGAGGUCGCCCGCCUCGUCAAGGUGUACCGCGAUGGCCAGGAGGCCAUCCUCACCGCGGCGCUCGACAAGCUCGGCGAGCGCGUCGACCGCAUCGAGGGCCUGAUUGACGAGAGCCCAGGGUGCGGGUGUGGCUGCUAGGCGGGGUGGCAUGUGUACAGGGCGAGGGCGAGCCUUCGGGGUUCGGGUCGGGCUGUAGAUUCGGACACAACUAGACAUGGA